AUGGAGCUUAUAGAUGUCCUUAAUCCUCCAAGGUUCUUCUCGCAGGCACCGUUGAGGCAUGUCCGAUCCCUGGUGGCUUGCUAUCCAGAGUCUCGAUGUACGGGACUUCACCUCUGCUACCGCGACGGCACCGAGCGCAUCCUGGGCCAGUGGUACGAAGAUACCGAUAAACGACCAGAGUAUGAUGCCUUGGCCUCUCGGGAUGGCAGUAUACUGGGAUUUUAUUUUGCGCAGGAAGAUCGGGACGGUAUACUUCUCCGGGUGGGGAUUGUGCAGGAUGCUGCUGCUGCUGCUUCACAGGCCGAUGAGAGAUUUGUUGAUAUGAUGGAAGGGGAUGAGGCUUACUGGCUGUUCACGGAUUAUGAUGAUCUUAUAUUCGCUGGUUGA